UAAAAAACAAGCCAGAUUAGCACUCAUCAUUUUCUCUCUUAUUCUCUUCUGCCUUUCUGCUAAGGAAAAAGCGGAAACAAAUUAAUGGGGAACUGUUUGAGUCUUCAAUCAGGUUCUCCAAGUCCCAAGUUCAAUACUGCCCCAGAUCCCUACAAUCAAUCAGGGAGCAAUCAGUUUUCUGCUGGUCUCAGCAACACAAGAUUAUUGCCGAAUGACAAUUCUACUUCUCUUGGGCAUAGCAGUCACUCUGGAAGAAUCAGCAGGCUUUUGGGGCCAAAUAGUAGUAAUAACUACUCAACAACAGGAAACAAUACUAGUACAUCCCUUUGGGGCUCUGAGAAUAGCUAUGCCUCUAGAGUGAGAGACGAGGAGGAGUUUCCUUAUGGGCAGAUCUUGGAUGCUGCAAACUUGAGAGUGUUUACUUUGGAAGAACUGAGGGCAGCCACAAAAAAUUUUGGAGCUGACACUGUGUUAGGAGAGGGAGGUUUUGGUAGAGUAUACAAGGGUUUGAUUAAGGAUAGAACAGCAUCAAAUAGAGGUGAGAGAUUGACUAUUGCCAUCAAGAAAUUGAAUUCUGAAAGCAGGCAAGGAGUUGCAGAAUGGCAGUCAGAGGUGAAUUUCUUAGGAAGGCUCUCGCAUCCCAACCUUGUCAAGUUGUUAGGAUUCGGGCGAGAGGGCAGUGAGCUGUUCCUGGUGUAUGAAUUCAUGCAUCGUGGCAGCUUGGAUAACCACCUAUUUGGAAGAGGUGCAAGUGUUAGUCCACUUUCCUGGGACACAAGGCUAAAAGUUAUGAUCGGAGCAGCUAGGGGACUAGAUUUCCUUCACUCCUUAGACAAGAAAAUUAUAUACAGAGAUUUUAAGCCCUCAAAUAUACUACUUGACAAGACAUGUACAGCCAAAUUAUCUGACUUUGGCUUGGCCAAAUCUGUUCCUGCUGAAGAUCAUAGUCACGUAUCAACAAAAGUUGUGGGAACAUAUGGCUAUGCUGCUCCCGAGUACAUUGCCACAGGUCAUUUAUACGUGAAAAGUGAUGUAUAUGGAUUUGGGAUUGUUUUGGUGGAGAUGCUGACUGGGAAGCGGAUUGGUGACAUAAUUCGCCUGUGUCAGCAAAAGUCCUUGCGGGAUUGGCUCAAAACAAAUCUACUAAGUCGAGGGAAAAUAAUAAGCACAAUGGAUGCAAAGUUGGAAGGGAAGUAUCCAUGCAAUUUAGCUUUAAAAGUAGCUCAACUGGCUCUCAAAUGCAUCCAAGUAGACCCUAAGGUGAGGCCAUCAAUGAAAGAAGUGGUCGAAACAUUGGAACAUGUUGAAGCAGCCAAUGAGAAACCAGCUGAUAACAGAAAACGGGUUACACAUUCCCGAGUUGUUCGACUACAUGGCAGGCCAGAUGGCGGUUAAUUCAAUUCAACACAUAAACACCAUAUUCCUCAGCAGCUGAUGGAGUGGACUUAAAUAUGUGCUUAUUGUUGAAGGUGCCUCUGCUAGGCCUAGCGGGAUUCAGCUUGAAUAGUGUUUAAUCACUCGAACACAUUCUUUCUAGCACCCUGUAUAUUAUUGGCUGACAUUGAUUAAAAAUAACAAAAUUAUAUGUCAUACUCCAAAUUUAACGAGUUUCACUCAUAGCUAGAGA